AUGGACGCGGCCCCCCGCGCAAGAGGCACGGCGGCGAGCAGCAGCGUGUGCUCCGACCUCCGCGAGCUCAACGAGGCGAAGGUGGCGAAUAUUCUUUCGUACCUCGACGAGGCCGUCGCGACGCGCCCGCAGCUGGCCGUCUCCUUCGCCCCACACGACGACAUGCUGCCCGAGGCGUACGCCCCCGGGGGCGCCGCGCUCGCCCCAUCGACGGCGCUAAACCAGUCGUCGCACAAAAAACCGCCUUGCGCCGCACCGCCUCAGCAGCAGCAGCAGCAGCAACUGUCUUCGAGCGCCUCCGCCGCUUGUCUCACGUCGUAUGUGAUCGGUGGCUCGCUUGACCCCUACGUUGGCGUCUACCACGGCAUCAAGGCGAAGAUAGAGGCGCUGCGCUUCAGCAAUGAUGAGCUGCGGGCGGAGAAUGAGGAGCUGAAGGCGCGGCUGGGCACGGCGCGCCAGCGGGAGGCGGAACAUGUGGAGAAGCUGCAGUUCGCCAACCGCGCCGAGACGCAGUUGCUGCGCGACGGGUUUCGCGAGUCGGAGGCGGAGCAUCGCCGGCUGACGCAAGGGCUGCAGCGGGAGAAGGCGCAGCUCACGAAGGCGGUGGAGUCGCUCACGACGCAGCUUCGGCAGGAGAUGUCGCGGCGGGAGGAGGAGGUGGCAAAGUUGGAGUCCGCCAACGCGGCGGCCAUCGCGCAGCUGAAGAUGCGCUGGCAGGCGCAGGAGAAGGCCGCCCGCGAGAAGUGGCGGGUGGCGGAGGCGAAGCGCAUCAAGGAGAGCACGCUGCAGUCGCUGGAGCCUGACAUUGUGCUGCUGCUGAACCGCCACAAGGCCGAGAAGGCGCGGAUGCGAGAGGAGUUUGAGAACGAGCUCCGCCAGCGGGACGAGGUGAUUGCAGCGAAGGAGGCGACCGUGGACGAGGUGAAGGCGAGACUGGCGCGCGACGCCGAGGCGACGAUGACGCGCGAGCAGAACGAGUUCCGCGAGCGCCUCAGGGAGGAGGUGGAGCGGGUGAACCGCCAGCUGGAGGAGGAGCGUCGCGCGGCCAGGCAGAAAACGGAGGACAUGGAGGCCUUCUUUGAGGAGCAGAAGGGCGUGAUGCAGCGUGAAAUCGCGCGGCUGCAGAAGGAGCUUUUCGCGCUGAAGGAGGCCGCAUCGACGGCGCAGGCGACGUUCCACGACGCGGUGGCGAAGGAGGUCGCAGGCAUCACGGCCAACUCCAACAACAUCGUGGGCGAAUUGAAGGAGAAGCUCAUGUGGGAGUUCAGCCGCAGGGAAAAGGAGACGCAGGUGCACAACAAGCACUACUUGGCUGCGAAGGAGGAGGAGCUGCGCCGCAAGUGUGAGGCGGAGCGGGAUGCGGCGGUGGCGGCGGCAACGCAGCGACUAGAGCAGACGCACGUGAAGUACCUUACGGAGUCGCAAGGCAACGAUGGCCUGCUGCGCGACAGAUUUGCCCAAAUGAGUCGCGAAAACGAACGGCUGCGGGUUGAGGCAGAACUGCUGCAGGAACAGUUGAAGAGUGCGCUUGACGCAAAAAAUAGAAAAGAUGAGGAGAUUGGGCGCCUGCGCGAGGCUGCGGAGUUGACUGAACAGCGGGUGAAGGCGAUUGAGGACGGAGUUCGCGGCGAAUGCGAGACGCGGAUGCAUGUCCUUGACACGGAGUGGCAGCGAAAACUUCGCCAGUUCGAGAUUAAGCACGUGGAGGAGGUGGGUGCCAUGCAGCACGAGUUGGAGAAGGCAAGCAUAGAGUUGGAGGCGGCAAGGAAUGCGGCCGCCUUGGAGCAGAAUAGCAUAGAGCAGAAACAUGCCGCGGAGCUCACGAGCAUCAACGAGAGAGUUUUGGUGGCCCUUGCCACCAAAGACAACACCCUGAAGGCGCAGACGGAACAGAUAAGUCUCCUCCAGGAGGCCCUGCGACACCGCGACGAGCAUAUCGCCAGGCACCGGGAGUUGCUGUGA